AUGUAGGAAAAGUUUUAUCAUGAAAAAUAAAAACUUCAAUUAUGUGGAUUAGCCUCCGUUAAUAAUUUAUUGUAGGGAUAACUAUAUACAGCCAAAACUAUGAAUGAUUUAGCUAAUUAAUUGCCAAAAGUCGAAAAUACUUUUUUUAAUUUUCAUUCAAGUUUCUUUAAAAUCGGAAAUUAUUCAGCUGAUCUUUUAACCACAGCCUUAGAAUAAAAGGGAAAGAGAGUACUCUAUUUUGAUAAGAGAAAACUUGAAAAUUUAUAAACAAUAGUUUAAGAAAAUGAAGUAGUGGGGCUUUUAAUUCACAAUUUUAAAAAAGGUUUAAUCAAAGAUACCAAUCAUUGGUUUCCCAUCUUAUAAAAAAACUAAUUAUGGUACAAUUUAGAUAGUAAAUUGAAAGAAUACAUUUGUCUUGGAAACUUUGAUAAAUUAAUUGAUUUUCUUAAAAAGGAACUAUAAAAUUUAAGUAUGUUUAUUGUCCUUGAUGACAUAAAUCUAAAUGUAAAUGCUAAUAAAUAGAAUGAACAUUCUGCCUAAGAUCCGAAUAAGCAAUAAGUUCAUAUUUAAUAGGAAUAAAUAGUUGAUAGAAAAGAAUAUUCAGAUAAUGAUAAUUUAAUCUAAUAGAAAUAACAAUAAUAAGAAUAAAAUUAAGAAUAAUUAUAAGAAUUUUAAUAAAAAUAAUAAGAAUAAUAAUAAGAAUUUAAAUAAUAAUAAUAAGAAUCUUAAGAAUCUUUAGUAUAAUAAUAAUAGGAAAAAUUAGAUCUUUUAAAAUAAAUGGAUAAUCAAGAUCUUAAAGAUAGUAAUUAAUAAACUAACAACUGAACUUUUAAAGAGAUUUAUUUUGAAAUAUAUAUAAGAUUUAAAUGAAAUUAAAAUUAAUAAAA